AUGGAGCGAGUGAGGUCUGCGUUCAACAGAAUGAUUAAAAGUGAGCGGUACAGCAGGUUUACUCUGCAGCCCUCGGAGGACGGAGAAAGACACGUCGAGGUCAAACUGUCGGAUGAUGCCACAGAGGCAGAGGACCAGGCGGGGGGGUCACCGAGCUUCAGGCCAGCACUCCCACGUCAAAGCCGGGCGACUAUCUGCUACCUGGCCCUGGGGAUACUGCUGAUAUUUUCCAUUGGCUACCUGCUGGGUUACCUCAGCCACCGUGACACUCAGCUGCAGCAGGAAAACUGUGCCACAAAUCCUGAAAUGGAAAUUCAGAAAGAAGCAGCAGCAGAAGAAGAAGCAGAAGCAGAAUCAGCUGCAGCAGCUGUUCCAGACGCUCAGAUGAACUGGAAACAAGUUACCGAACUCCUCACGCAGAAACUCACCAGCCAGGCUUUUGACAAAUCUUUGAGUGACUUUGAUCGGCCCAGACGUUCAGCAGGAAGUGAUGGAGACAAGAGUCUGGCAAACGGCAUCUUUAAUGUUUUCAAGAAAGAGGAGAUGGAUCCCUGGAUUGGCAUCCACUAUGUUCAGCUGCAGACCCCAGACAGCAAGCGUCCAAACCAUGUCAUUUAUGGUUUAGUUGACUUCAAGCCUACAGGAUAUCUGGCAUACAGUGCUCCUGGGAUAGCUGAGGGCAAGCUGGUGUAUGGCAACUACGGUCGUCAGGAGGAUCUGGAAGUUCUGCAGAAGAAGAACGUUGAACUGAAAGACAGUGUGUUGCUGCUCCGCGCUGGAAAUAUCAGUUUUGCAGAGCAGGUGGAUAAUGGUGCGAAGAAGGGGGCCUCUGCUGUGCUGAUCUAUCCUGAUCCUCAAGAUUACAGUUAUAAUUUGGACACAGCUCUCUACGGACAUGUCCACCUGGGUUCAGGUGACCCCUACACCCCUGGAUUCCCCUCCUUCAACCAUACUCAGUUAGCUCCCACGAAGUCGUCCGGACUCCCCAAAAUCCCAGCCCAGACUAUCACGCCCAACAUGGCUUCAACUCUUCUAAAGACAAUCGGAGGUCCUGAGUCAGAUGCGAGCAACAGUUUUAAAGGCAGCCUCGCCUCAGUGGGUUACAAACUGGGAGGCAGCGAGAACAUUACCGUUGAGGUGAACAACGUGCUGGUCAACAAGGAAAUCCACAACGUGUUCGGAAUCAUCAAAGGAUUCAUUGAUCCUGAUCAGUACGUUUUACUGGGAGCGCAGAGGGACGCCUGGGGUAAAGGUUAUGCCAAAGCCACUGUUGGGACCUCCAUACUGAUAGAGCUGGCCAAGGCUGUUCGGGAGAUGGUGGAGAAAGAUGGCUUCAGGCCCAGGAGAAGCCUGGUGUUUGCUAGCUGGAGCGCUGGAGAGUAUGGAAGUGUUGGCGCCACUGAGUGGUUGGAGGGUUAUAUGUCUUCUAUUCACAAACAUGUUGUCACCUACAUCAGCCUGGACGGACUGCUCAUGGGUCGUGGGAGCUUUAUGGCCUCAGCAAGUCCGCUGCUCUACAGCCUCCUUGAGAAAACGAUGAAAGCGGUGAACAGUCCUAUGGGUGCUGGCACUGUGUACGAUAUGGUGGGAACAGCUAACGUACUAAAGCCGAUGUCAAUGGACGACCCUGCCUAUCCCUUCCUGGCCUUGUCUGGAAUUCCCUCCAUCUCUUUCCACUUCAUCAAUCCCAACGAGGAGGCUUACAGCUACUAUGGCACCGACCUGGACAACAAGGACCACCUCGAUUACAAGACAAACCAUCACACCAGUGAAAUGGCGGCACUGGCGGCACAGUUUGCGGGACAGAUGGCUCUGCGACUGGUUCACGACCACGUGCUGUAUCCCAGCCUGGAUGUGAGCCAGUACAGCAGCGUGAUCACCAAGGCUGUGGUCCGGGUCUACAAACGCAUCAACCAGCUCUCAAGGACUGGUCAGCUGAAGGAAGUGAAUCCCAAAUGGCUCAACCGUGCACGUGGAUCCUUCCAACGAGCUGCCAGCAGCAUUACAAAUGACAUCGCCAACACUGACAUAAGUGACAAGGAGGCCUGUCGGAUCCUCAACGACAGGAUCAUGACGGUUGAGCACACCCUCCUCUCUCCCUACGUGUCCCCCAUUGAAACCCCCUUCCGUCAUCUCCUGCUGGGUCGGGGCUCCCACACUUUGGCCUCCAUCGCCGAGACCACCGACAUGGAGCACUUCCGCAUCCAGCUGGCCCUCGCCACCUGGAACCUGCAGGGAUGUGCCAACGCCAUGGUGGGCAACAUCUGGGACAUCGAUGAGGAAAUCUAAAGAAGAAAGUCUGGGAAGUUGUGAGCGUGAUUGUCGUGUGAGAAAUGCAGUUUAAAGUAGAAACAAAAGAAAGAGCUCCAACAACAGCACUUUAGCACAAGCUGUCAAUCAGAUGUCUAAGCCCAACCCCUAAAACAGGUAGGGUCCGAGUUGUAAUCCCCCACAGAUUCAGGAGGAAAUGGAAGAGUACAAAACAGUUCUUUACUGUGAAACAAAAUGAAAUACUUGAUAAUAAUGCUACUGACAAAUCUGCGUCCUCUUUUCCUGGCAAAUAAUUGAAGCAGUCUCUGCUGUGACCUCUCGCCAUCAAAACACUGAGAAACCUUAUUUAUACUUAUGUUUUUUAUCAGUGGCAGUGUCCACUAUAAAAUGAUUAUUUUGUCUUUUUAUACGACGUUAUCGGAAGCAGUGUCUUCCAUAAUUAUGACGGUUAUACUGUCUAAGCACCCGGCAGCAUCUGCUACAGAAAUGACUCCUCAACUGUUGCUGACAAAAUGGAAUCCCGUUAAAAAAGAAAAUAGACUUUUAUUGCAAAUGGCCUUUAUAUCUUCCUUUUUGAGAAAAUGUUUUAGAGAAUGACAGCAUGCCAUUAAAUGGUUAUUUAAAAGGAAGAAAUUAAGAGUGAUAAAGAAUUGUCCCUGAUAUGUCAAAUUAGUUGCAGAGUGAAAACCAAAAGUCUCUGGAUAUUGGGAAAUUCUUAUUUAUAGACCACUAAGCCUAGAAAUGUAUUAUGAUUUGGAUUUAUCCUGCACUUGGUGGCAGGAUGAAUUCAAGUUUAAACAAAUAAUUUAAAGCUAAAACAUUAUCAACGCUCUUUAAGACGCGAGUAAUGAUUAGUUAAUUUGCAAGAAAUCCAUUUAUGUUGCACAGUCUACUUUGAAACAGUUUAUAUUAUGAUAAAGUUAUCGGAAGCAGUGUCUUCCAUAAUUAAAACCCAUUAUCGGGAGCAGUGUCUUCCAUGAUGUAAAGCAGUGAUGGUAGUUUUUGCCUACCAGUGUGUGUGAUUGUAUGUUUGUGUGUGUUUUAAAUGUGUAUUUAUCGAGAGCAGUGUCUCUCAUAUUUCACUUGAGGGUGGAACAACUUAUCGGGGACAGUGUUUCCCAGAGUUUUAUACUUUAUAUAUAUUUAUUUGUUGGUUAUUAUUUUUGGAUUAUGUGGGUGUUUCUUAUUUAGCUAGAUUACAGAUUUGUUUUACAUCUAAUAAAACACAGAACAUUAUUGAAAUGCACUUAAUUGAUUACAGUUUUCAACAAACCUAGUGACUUCAAAAGUACAACAGAUGCACCUACAUGUGAUUCACUCCGCAACUCUCUUUGCAUGGCAUAUUUCCUCUUCAUGAUACUGUACUGCUUUAUUCGGGUGUAGUUCAACAUCAUUUCUAUAUUACAAACUUUUUAAAUGAAUUUGAGUUCUACCAAUAGAUCUUUUUUUUCCAAGCGGUUUGAUGUCUUUUUGUUUGACCAUUUUCUUCCCAUAAAAGUUGUUGUUUUCUGACAAUAUUUUAAGGCCUUUAAAAUGGCAAUAAGGGAUAUUUAUUAGAAUACACAUGUUAAAAGAAUAUCAUCAGUCAGUCAACCCAAUUUAAUUAAAUUCAUAUCCAAUUUCUUUAUUUCAAUACGCUCUAGAGAGCAAACAAAACAUCUGUGUUGGGUACUUUAGAUUAUUACAUGUCAUUAUUACACCUCCCUUCUGUUUGGGAGCUUGAUAUUGUUGCAGCUUUUUUUUCCUUUCCUGCAAGAUGUUACAAUAAUUAAAACAAACGUUACUGAACUCGGAUAGGGGCAACUGAAAGGUUGGGAAAUGUCAUUGUGUAACUCCAACUGUAUGUUUCAUAACUCAUUGUUCUCAUCAUGAUCUCCAUGUUCAGCAGAAAAGUCUAAUAAACCUUUUUGGCUUAGCUUCUAGAA